AUGGCUGCAGACCAUACGGACCACGAUGACAUCCAAUACGACUUUACGGGGGUCACAUUGCGCGAUGUGGUCCCCAAACGUGACAAGCCAUGGUGGAAAGAUGGGCGCUUGAUCAAACUCAACACACUUCUUCUUUGUGCUCUUCUGACCCAGACCGCGCAGGGCUUCGACGCCAGCAUGAUCAACGGCAUGCAGGCGCUGCCGGAAUGGAUCAAUGACUUUGGAAAGCCUGAAGGGUCACGCUUAGGUGCCAUGACAUUUGGCCCUACGGGAGGAGUCUUGAUUUCGAUCUUGAUCUCAUCACAGCUUUGCGACUGGCUCGGUCGCCGAUAUCCGAUCUGCGGAGGAUCAAUCAUCAUUGUCAUCGGCUCAGUCAUUCAAGCUGCCUCGGUGAACUAUGGCAUGUUUGUCUUCUCUCGCUUCUUGGUCGGGUUCGGCUUAGGUAUCGUCUCGGUGGCAGCGCCGCCCCUGCUGUCGGAGGUGGCCUAUCCGACGCAUCGAAGCAAAUUGGUCUCCUUCUAUCUGGUCUCAUGGCCUCUGGGAUCACUCAUCGCGGCCUGGGUCACUUAUGGUACUUUUCAGAUGACCAACUCAUCCUGGAGUUGGAGACUGCCCAGUCUCUUGCAAUGUUCCUUCUCCGUCGUUCAGGCGGUACUCAGUCUAUUUGCACCGGAGUCCCCUCGCUGGCUCAUCUACAAAGGCCGCGGAGAGGAAGCCCUGGAAAUUUUCAUCCAGUACCACGGAGACGGGGAUUCCAACUCCCGCCUGGCGCACUUUGAGAUGGCCGAGGUCACGGCGACUUUGCGGAUGGAGAAGAUGCAAGAGGCCAGUCGAUGGGGCGAGUGGCUCGCGACCAAGGGCAACCGACACCGUCUAUUCCUGGCACUCUACAUUCCUGCCAUGCUGCAGUGGUCGGGCAACGCGCUCAUCUCUUACUAUCUGACCGCUGUGCUGAAGACGAUUGGCAUCACCGACCACAAGACCCAACUCAUCAUCAACGGCUGUCUCUCAAUUUGGAGUUUAAUGACCGCCAGCUUUUUUGCCCUCUUCGUCGAUCGAGCCGGUCGCCGUGGUCUGUACAUCUUUGGUAUGAGCGGAAUGGGGAUUGCGUAUCUCAUAUGGACCAUCUGCUCGGCCAUCAAUCAGCAAAAGGACUUCAAGGACCAUGGCUACGCCGGUGGUGUUUUGGCAAUGAUCUUUGUCUACUCCGCAUUCUACCACGCCUGUUCUCCAGUCUCACCCACAUACAUCAUGGAGAUUGUACCUUACUCCUUGCGAUCAAAGGCCUCAAUGCUUUACCAGCUCACUGGUAAUUUGGCCGGCCUGUACAACAGUUUCGCAAACCCAGUCGCCAUGGAGGCCAUUGGCUGGCGGUAUUACAUUGUCUGGGUGGUGAUGAUUGCCAUUCACCUAACACUCAUCUUGUUCUUCUUCCCCGAAACCAAGGGCCGUGGACUGGAGGAAGUUGCCGAGAUCUUCGACGGUCCUAACGCUGCGUCUGGUGCCAAUGCGAUGAAGCAAAUGGGACUUGAUGUGAAUGCUCAGAAUGCCGUUGAAGUCGGGCGGGACUCUAAAUCGGUCGUGGAGCAAGUUGAGCGGGUUUAG